AUGCCGAACGCUGUUGUAGCUGCAAUUCAGAAGACUCCACAAGCGUCACAGCCACGGCACAAUCAGACUGAUCAGAAUCAGAGAGAGGAACAAAGUGCUGAUGAUUCCUGGUCUGCGGGUGAGAGCGAUAAUGAUCAUGUCGCCCAGAACGGGUCCAGUACUGCCCGAGGUUUGAAGAGGAAGCGCCCGCUCACGGUAUCAUGUGAGCUUUGUAAGCAACGUAAAGUCAAAUGUGAUCGAGCCCAGCCAAGCUGUGGGUGGUGCGCUCGUAAUGGCCAAUUGUGUGAAUAUAAGGAACGAAAGAAGCCCGGUCUUCGGGCUGGGUAUGGGAAGGAACUAGAGCAGCGGCUCGACCGGCUAGAGCAAGUCAUUCAGAAUCAAGCCCGUCUUAUUGAAACCCAUAUCCUUCAGAGCCAACCCCGUCUGAACCAUGACUUAUCUCACCCGGGGCCACUUUCAUAUAGUUCCCCGUCGGAACCAUCUGCAGUUAACGGCCCAAGCCCUCGCAAGGCGCUCUAUUUCCAUGAGGCCUCAGCAACCCCCAUGUCAACUCGCGCGAAUGAUGUAUCUAUAACCAGUCCCUCGGACACAUCUACUAAGAACGCUAUGCAGAUCCAUCUUUCAAAAGGCAUAUCUUCAGCGGGUCUACUCCCAUCACUACCCGAACCUGGUCCACAUAACGACUACAUAGGCAACGAGUCAUCAUUGAAGGUGCCGGUGAACUUAUUCUCCAGUCAGGAGCACUCCCUUACUGAUCCGGAACUUGAUCUGCCUCCGUAUGACCUUCUAUAUGCGUUGGUGGACCUCUACUUCGAGCACAUCAACACGUGGUGUCCUAUCCUCCACCGAAGAACAACCCUGGAUACCUUUUUCGGACCGACGCCUCUCGACGAAGCCGAUCGCAUGGUUCUUUAUGCCAUAGUCGUGACAACUCUCCGUUUCUCGAGUGAUAGUCGUCUAAGUGAGCAGAACCGCAAGCGCUACCACGACUCUUCUAAGCAGAAGGUCCUCCUAUAUGGGCUGGAGAACUCGUCCGUCAAAGCACUCCAAGCAUUAGUGAUUCUGGCUCUAGAUCUGGUCGGAUCCUCCAAUGGCCCGCCUGGUUGGAAACUGCUUGCGCUUAUCACGCGGUCAGCCGUCCAGCUGGGAUUAGCCGUCGAAUCCAAAUCUUGUCUUAUUGCUCCUGUCUAUCCGUCGAUCUAUACAUUAAGAGCAAUCACUCUACCGGAACCAGAUUCCUGGAUUGAGGAUGAAGGUCGACGAAGAUUAUUUUGGAUGGUGUACCUCUUGGACCGGUAUUCUACCAUCGCGACAGCAUUCGACUUCGCCCUGGAUGACAAAGAUAUUGACCGCAAGCUUCCCUGCAAGGACGAAUAUUUCACGAAAAAUCAGCCAGUUGAAACUAGGUGGUUCCAACACUCCCGCGAGCGCCCUGGCUAUCUCAGCCGGGCAGAGAAUGUUGGCUCCUUCGGAUUGUACGUGGAGGUUCUCGGUAUCCUUUCACGGGUACACGUCUUUCUGAAAAGACCGGUAGACAUCGGCUCCUUAUCUGAUGUAGAGGAGUGGCAAGCGACGUACCGCAAAUUGGACAGCGAUUUGACUUCAUGGGAGUUCAGUCUCCCGGCUGAAUACGCGUACGAAAACUCCUCCCGGCUGCUCAAUGGAUCGAAACACACCAAGGGUCUCCAUUGCGACUGGGUACAGCUUCAUUCCACUUACCAAACAUCAUUAAUGGCAAUCAGAGCUGUGAUUCGACUUCAUUCAUCCGCCGCAUAUCCGACCACAAGAUCUCCGAUCUUCACACCAUCGUACAGUGCCAGUCAACGAUGCUUGCUGGCCGUCGAUAACAUCUUAUCAGUAACACGCUUCGUUGUAGAAAACAACAUUCUCGACAAACUGGGGCCACCAUUCGCUUUUACUCUCUGGGUCUCUGCUCGUCUGUUGCUCGUGCACGGCUCUACCAUAGCUCGCACCGUGAGCCCUGACAUUAUUUUCUUCGUUGACACGCUUGCCCAGAUGGGCAGAUACUGGAAGGUGGCAGAGCGUUAUAGCUCCAUCUUGCAGCGCGUCCUUGACGAGUACGGCGAAUACCAACAAUCCGGUGCAACCGAAGGCGAGCGGUCCACACCGUCGAGCGUGAAGAUCCUUGCGGACAUGCGCCGUUGCGCAUUUGACCUGGACUUCCUCAUCUCCCGACAGCCACGCUCGUCACCGGCGACCAGCCACCGCGCAGUGCCAGUAGCACCCGCACCACCACGCAACCUUGCACCGAACGAACUCGAAUACCUCGAUGUCUUCGGUUUCUUCAAUGUUCCUCGUGUGCCCGCCGGACGAGCCCCGGACCUCAUCAGUCUGGACAUGAAUACGGCAGUCAACAAUCCCAUGUCAAUCCAUGGGUUGACCGACACAGGCCCCACAAAUUCUAUUGUGGAUAAUGCUCAUUCAAACUGCAACGAAUUCAACAUCACCAACUACCUGAUCCCGACUCCCGAGACGGAUUGGCUCUUUCGGCCCGGUGGAUGA